AAUCGGUCCCCUGACGCACGUCGCGUCACACAAAGAGACUUGACGAGAAAAAAACACAAUCGCAUCCUCCCAAUGGCCAAAACCAUCGAACGCUUCUCGACGGAGGUCUAAAAACGAGCACCGCAAACGAGCCAAGCAAACUGCAGGUGUCAACUAAAAUGACGUUUCCUUACUUCUUCUUAUUGGGAUGUGUUCUCUUGCACAAUACUCUGGAUGCUGCGACUGCGUUUCGUGUGGCAACAGCGUCGUCACCAGCUGCUGCCAGAAGAAGCGUUGUUGUUUUAGAGGCGUCGCCCUUGACAGAAGAUGCCUUGGCAGCUUGUCCAUACGAGUUUCUACCAGAUGACGCGGAUACUUCGGGAAAACGAUUCUUUAUGGACAUUACCAAACAACAAGCAUCGGCGGCAUUCGAAGAACUUGCGACACUUUAUGGCGACGAAUCUGCCCUACAAAUGGUAAAAAUCCAACCGUUGGCACUGUCCAGGAAUCCCAAUAAUUUUGAACCGACCCUUGCAGUGUGGACGGAAACAUUUGGUGAAGAGGCCGCCAAGUCGAUGGUACGACGCAACCCUGGACUCUUGUUGCUCAGCCCACAAUCAGCGGCAUCCGAUGCAAUGGGUACAAUGGGUUGGAGUUUUGUGAUUUGGGCUACACGGCCAAUCCUUUCGAAACUAUUAUUGGCCGGAUUGAUAUUUUAUCAAUAUAAUGCAGUUAGAACCUCGGAAGAGGGAAUCCCACAAUGGAUUCUUAACUCGGGGGAGCAGAAUCCUUUUAGUUAAGCCAACAAUGAUAACAGUACAGUUUGAAUACACCCUGUCCCUGCCGCUGCUAUGCUGCUCACUCAAAAAAAAUAGGUACUAGAAAAACAAAUACUAAAUAGAUACGUUAAGGAGCGAGGGGGGCUAAGCUAGGCAAAGCAGUGGCUGCGUUGGUGGGC